AUGCAAGAAUGGCCUCUAAACAAGGAUUUUGCUGCUACUGCAUGCUCUGCUCAAGCAUACGAACAAAUCUCCAUUGACGUGAAUCCCGCUACUUCAAGAUGGUCCACACAUCAUCAGCAUCAGGCCGUGGUAACUGAAUCAGAAUCUGGUCUGGAUCAGUUGAAUAAGGCGCCGUCUCAAAAUUACUGGGAAAACAGUGUUUUCUCACCGAAUCCACAAUUGCAGCUGGGCAAUUCGAAUAUUAAAAUGGAACGGUGGUCAACCAGCUGCCUUAAAAGAGAUUGGCGCAGAGUCAAGUCGGAUGCAGAAAUGGAGGCCGGUAUGGAAAAAGCCGGAGGAUGUAGAGAAAAGAUUGUCGAAAAUAGAAAAGCUAGUAAUGAAAACAGGCAAUCUGCUCAUUUUCAAGUAACAGACUUUCAGAAAACCAUAGAAUUAAACCGAUCCCCGAGCUAUCCACCCGUCGCCUGCCGCAAGCCGAUAGGUUUGGUGCACACACACAGUACCACCUCCUACGAUCACAGACAAGAGGUCUGUCAGCCAAGAGUCCCAAUUAAGUAUGCAUUCCAUCAGCCUGAUUGCCCCGGAAUGCCAUCUGUGGAAUCCUGUAAAAAAGAAGGAGAAGAAGCUUGCGUUAGAGACAAAAAUUGUGACCCACGUUUAAAUCGACAAGCCAGGGAAUGCCAAGAUUACGGAAACGCUAUCUCAUCAGAAGCCGUAGGUCUAGCAUCAAAAUCCUCUGCUACUUUGCCAGACAUCACUGCACGAAAUCCACAAUUGCUUAUGCAUGUUGGUGAAAAAAAUAUUAUUUCUCAAAUUUACCAAGAAAAUGAUUGUGAAAAAAAGCAAUGCCGAAAUGAAAAGCAAUCGGCGACCAACAUGCAUGAGGAUCGAGUAGCAGACCAAAACACUAAAAUUCACUUGCAAGUGGGUGGUCAAUUUGGGCAGAAUUUUAUUUCUAAUUUUCAACAUGAUGAUCACUUUCUGAGACGACAACCAUCUGGACUGACCUACAAUCCACAACAAUGCCAAAAGCAGAAGCACCAGACAAACUUUCUGCCGCCAGAGUCCACACCGGCCGCGUCGUACUCUGGUUAUCUCCAGGCCUAUAAUCCGACUAAAGCGGAUCUAGGCUGUGCAAAUAUAAAUUCUAGAUCAUUUGGUUCAGCAGUCUGGAGAUCAAGACUUGCAGUAGAGUCACAAAUAGAUAGUGAGAUUUACGAAUUUACCGCCCUUGCUAAAAAGAAAAAGGCUGCUUGGAGACAGGCCAUUAAUGUUAAGAGGACAACAGAUGCUCACGAUACAAGGAGGAGGAUACAGGAGGACAUAGUUACUAGAAGCAAAAGAGGUUUUGGCUCACCAACGCAUACUGCUGUUUCCGAGGAAAUACAUGAAUGUAUUGCUUUGCGCACAUUCAACCAGAAUGCUGUU